UCCCAAUCAUUAACAAGUCUAGAAAAAAAAGUAUCGAUAUUAAUUCUCUAGAAAAAAAAUUCCUCGAAGAAAUCAGCGACAUAAAAAAGACUGCUUUUAAAAAUGGAUAGCUCCAUUUUAUGAGUGACCUAAUUAAGGAAGUGGGACAUAAAUCAAGCCCGCUGCAAACCUCUCGGAAUUUUUUUUUUAUUUUUGUCUUUUAAUAAAUCUUCCCAUACUUGUCAAUAACGACCUGAAAACAGGAAAUUGAACGUAAAAGCGCUUCUUCAUUAGCGGAGUCAAACAAUUACUUUGGUCAGAGUGCCAUGUAGGACCUGGACGAUUAAUAUCCAAUGAUUGGGAGAAGUGGACUUUCUAGGAUACUUGUCUGGUACUUCGUGGUUGAAGGUUUAGUUGUAGUUUUUGGUCUGGAAUGUUGGAAAUGUAUCCAGAAGGAUUGUCACAAGGAUCCUAACUACAAUCAAAGAGCAGAAAAGAUCACCUGUCAAACUGGCGAACACUGUUUAAAAGUUCGCUAUCAGAUGUUUCAUAACGAUUCUCACACGCAUUAUGAUUCGGUGAUUCGAACGUGCUCGCCAUACAAGUGCCCGUAUGUAACAGAAGACGACUAUGAACAAUGCCUUGGCAACAUGCGCAAAUAUAUGUUUCAGGGAUGUUCUCUGCGCAGUUGCUGCAAUGAUCGUGAUCUGUGUAAUGUUGGAUCCGUCCCUUCAUCUGUAUGUUUUUUGACAAUGAUUUUGCUACUGUUCAUGCAAUGGUUGUAAAUGGAAUAUUAUCCCUUGUUGUGCAUGAAUGUGCUGACAUUUCGUUUUUGUAUGAAGUGUGAAAUUUAUAUGUUUUAUUGCUGGAUUUUACAAGUAGUUGAUGACAGAGUGUCAACGAGAGAUAUGAAUAAAACAACAAGUCAAUGUGCAUGUACUAACUAAUAAUUAAACGCCCGGUAUAAAGCGACAACUUCCCGUCUUGAUACCUGUGUAAUUAUUUUGCAAAAUGACUUAAAACAUAUAUGUUACUAUGUGUCCUUGUCGAUUUCUAUUUUGGUGAAUUCAAUAAAUUAUUUCUUUACUUUUGAGGAACAUA